UAAAUAAUACGUUAGCUAAUUAGAUUAUUAAUGAAUUCCAAAUAUCUUUUCGUUUCUUCUUCUCCAACGCAUGUGAAACGUAGAUGAGAUCCCAAUUCACUCCAUUGAAGCCUUUUUAAGGGAUUCAACAACGCGUUUAAGGUCUCUCAGCAGGUUCACAUGGAGACUCUAUGGACUCUUUUGUAUCUGCUAGAACCUGCUCCAUCCGCUCUCAUGCUCACAGCUGUAACCGUCACAUUUGCAUCUGCCUUCCGUGCACUUAACUACGGCAAAGAGAUGGAGAGAAACCGUGACUUCUCCGAAGCAUCCAUUACACUAGACACCUCUCAGGCCUUGAUGAUCCCAGUCAUGAGCUCUUGCAGUUUGCUCCUCAUGUUUUAUCUCUUCUCUUCCGUCUCUCAGCUCCUCACCGCCUUCACAGCCAUCGCCUCGGUCUCAUCUCUCUUCUUUUGGCUCUCACCGUAUGCGUUGUACAUCAAGUCCCAGCUCGGUCUCUCUGAUCCUUUCCUCUCACGCUGCUGCUCUAAAUCGUUUACUAGAAUGCAGGGACUGCUUCUUGUGGCUUGUGCCGUGACUGUUAUAGCGUGGCUUGUCUCUGGUCAUUGGGUGUUGAACAACCUGCUUGGGAUCUCUAUCUGUAUUGCGUUCGUCAGCCAUGUUCGUCUUCCUAAUAUCAAGAUAUGUGCUAUGCUGCUACUGUGUCUCUUUGUGUAUGACAUCUUCUGGGUCUUCUUCUCUGAGAGAUUCUUUGGUGCUAAUGUUAUGGUGACUGUGGCGACUCAGCAAGCGUCGAACCCGGUUCAUACAGUAGCCAACAGUUUGAAUCUUCCUGGACUGGAAUUGAUCACAAAGAAACUGGAGCUGCCUGUUAAAAUAGUGUUUCCGAGGAACCUAUUGGGCGGUGUGGUGCCUGGUGUGAGUGCCUCAGAGUUCAUGAUGCUUGGUCUUGGUGACAUGGCUAUUCCUGCAAUGCUUUUGGCUUUGAUCCUCUGCUUUGACCAUAGAAAAAGUAGAGAUGUGGUGAAUCUUGUUGAUCUAAAAUCUUGCAAGGGGCACAAGUACAUAUGGUAUGCACUUCCCGGGUACGCCAUUGGCUUGGUCUCGGCUCUAGCUGCAGGUGUCUUGACCCACUCACCUCAGCCAGCUCUGCUUUAUCUGGUACCAUCUACGUUAGGACCAGUGAUCUUCAUGUCAUGGCGGAGAAAGGAUCUUGCGGAGCUGUGGGAAGGAUCAGCAUUGUCCAAUCCCAUUGAGAAAUCUCAUGAAAUAGAGAUCUGAGUUUAUUAUAUCAACCAAAGAUAGCUCAGAAACAUAAAAACAAAAACACAAAGACGUUAGGAACCAUAUCAGUCAGAUCAGGUGUUCUUGUAUUCUCUAGUAAAAAAACACAAGUAUUAUAUCUCAUUUUAUUGCAUUUGUAUACCUUACAUGCAG